CGGCUCGGCGAGUGGGCCUGUGAUGGCGGACGCCUGGGAAGAGAUUAGGCGGUUGGCGGCUGACUUCCAGCGGGCGCAGUUCGCCGAGGCCACACAGAGGUUGUCAGAGCGGAACUGCAUUGAGAUUGUGAAUAAAUUGAUUGCUCAGAAACAGCUAGAAGUAGUUCACACACUUGAUGGGAAGGAAUAUAUUACACCAGCUCAAAUUAGUAAAGAAAUGAGAGACGAGCUACAUGUCCGAGGUGGUCGAGUGAACAUUGUUGAUCUGCAACAGGUAAUUAAUGUGGAUCUGACUCAUAUUGAAAGUAGAAUUGGUGACAUUGUAAAAUCAGAAAAACAUGUUCAGUUAGUGUUGGGACAACUGAUAGAUGAGAACUAUUUGGAUCGGUUAGCAGAAGAGGUAAAUGAUAAAUUACAAGAAAGUGGUCAGGUCACCAUAUCAGAGCUGUGUAAAACCUAUGAUCUUCCUGGAAACUUUCUGACACAGGCACUAACUCAGCGACUAGGUAGAAUUAUUAAUGGACACAUUGAUCUUGAUAACAGAGGAGUAAUAUUUACUGAAGCUUUCGUAGCUCGACAUAAAGCACGCAUCCGUGGACUUUUCAGUGCCAUUACCCGGCCUACAGCAUUAAAUUCUCUCAUUUCAAAAUAUGGAUUUCAAGAGCAGCUGCUUUACUCUGUGCUUGAGGAACUCGUUAAUAGUGGACGUUUACGAGGCACUGUGGUUGGUGGGAGACAGGAUAAGGCGGUGUUUGUCCCUGACAUUUACUCCAGAACACAAAGUACUUGGGUGGAUUCCUUUCUCAGACAGAAUGGCUAUCUAGAAUUUGAUGCUUUGUCCAGACUUGGAAUCCCAGAUGCUGUGAGCUACAUAAAGAAAAGAUACAAGACAACACAACUCUUGUUUUUGAAAGCAGCUUGUGUUGGUCAAGGACUUGUGGAUCAGGUGGAAGCAUCAGUAGAGGAAGCCAUCAGCUCUGGAACAUGGGUUGAUAUUGCACCUCUGUUACCCAGUUCUUUAUCAGUCGAAGAUGCCGCCAUGUUGCUUCAGCAGGUGAUGAGAGCAUUCAGCAAGCAGGCUUCAGCUGUAGUUUUUAGUGACACUGUUGUAGUCAGUGAAAAAUUCAUAAAUAACUGCACAGAACUCUUCAGUGAACUGAUGCACCAGAAAGCUGAAAAGGAAAUGAAAAAUAAUCCUGUUCAUUUAAUCACUGAAGAAGACCUGAAACAGGUCUCCAUUUUAGAAAGUAUUAAUACAAGUAAAAAGGAUAAAAAAGAUGAACGAAGGAGAAAAGCAACAGAGGGCAGUGGAAGUGUGAGAGGAGGUGGUGGCAGCAAUGCCAGAGAGUACAAAAUCAAAAAAGUCAAGAAGAAAGGAAGGAAAGAAGAGGAUAGUGAUGAUGAGUCAUCUCACACUGGAAAGAAGAAGCCAGAGAUCACUUUUAUGUUCCAGGAUGAAAUUGAAGAUGUUUUGAGAAAACACAUACAAGAUGCCCCUGAGGAAUUUAUUUCUGAACUUGCUGAGUACUUAAUAAAACCUCUUAAUAAAACUUAUCUUGAAGUGGUACGUUCAGUGUUCAUGUCUUCAACUUCUUCUGCCUCUGGAACUGGUAGAAAGCGUACCAUCAAGGACUUGCAAGAAGAGGUUUCAAACCUGUACAAUAAUAUUCGGCUAUUUGAAAAAGGGGUGAAGUUCUUUACAGAUGAUACACAAGCUGCUCUUACAAAGCACUUGCUGAAGACAGUAUGUACUGAUAUCACUAACCUCAUUUUCAACUUCUUGGCUUCGGAUUUAAUGAUGGCAGUAGACGAUCCUGCAGCCAUUACAAGUGAAGUAAGGAAAAAAAUUUUAAGUAAAUUAUCAGAAGAAACCAAAGUAGCUCUCACAAAACUCCAUAGCUCUCUGAAUGAAAAGAGCAUAGAAGACUUUCUUUCUUGUCUGGAUUCUGCGGCAGAAGCUUGCGAUAUUAUGGUGAAAAGGGGAGACAAAAAAAGGGAAAGGCAGAUACUGUUCCAGCAUCGACAAGCACUGGCUGAACAGCUAAAAGUCACAGAAGACCCUGCUCUUAUUCUGCACCUCACAGCAGUCCUUCUGUUUCAGUUCUCGACCCACAGCAUGCUCCAUGCACCUGGAAGAUGUGUCCCACAGAUCAUUGCUUUUCUUAAUAGUAAAAUUCCAGAGGAUCAGCAUACUCUUUUGGUAAAGUAUCAAGGUUUAGUUGUAAAGCAUUUAGUUAGUCAAAAUAAGAAGACUGGACAGGGAGAUGAUCCCUUGAGUGAUGAAUUAGACAAAGAACAAGAAGAUAUCACCAACACUACUCGCAAAGAGCUUCAGGAACUUUCUUCAUCCAUUAAAGACCUUGUUCUCAAGUCCAGGAAAUCAUCUGUGACAGAAGAGUAAUGAUCUUGAUUUACUUUUGUCAUAUAGUAAACAUUUUUCCCGAAGUUUAAAGUGAGCGGUUACCAAAAAAUAUUCACUUCACAACCCUUGAUUCCCCCUAUAACCGCCCCCCCACACACAAUUCAGUUUAAAGAGGAGUGUCGUAUUCAGUGUAAAUCUUAGAAAAACGUGAAAUUUUUGUAAAUUGGGUUCAACCAUGGAGGACUUCUUUUUCACAUUGUAAUUCUAAAAAUUACCAUUUCAGGUUUAUUUUAUUUUCAGAUGCCGAAUGAAGAAUAAAUUUUCUGAAAUCUUCCAUCUAGAAAAGGACUCAUGCAUUGUGUUGUUAGAUUUCAAAUGACAUUCUUACAUUUAUAUAUAUAUUAGGCA